ACACACACACACACACACGCACAUAGCCGCUGCCCCUGUCUCGCGGUGCAAGAUGAUGUCACUGAUAGAUCUGGACGAUGAUCAACGAUGGGUGCCCACUCAUGUCAAUGUCACCGUUCUCCGUGCAAGAGGACUGCGAACCAAGGGCAAGCACGGCAGCCGCUACCUCUAUACCAUCAUCCAGGUGGGGAAGGAGAAAUACACGACCGGGCUGGUGGAAAAGGCGGCGGUGCCAGAGUGGAAUGAGGAAUGCUGCUUCGAGCUGCUGCCGGGCAUCCUGGAGGACGGCGGCCGGAGCUCCCAUCCUCCGGGGAGCGGGGACCUGGUCCUCACGGUCAUGCACCGGGUGCUCAUAGGGCUUGACGUGUUUCUUGGUCAAACCAUCAUCCCGCUUGAUAAAAUCUUUCAGGACGGAAUCUGUCCAAGAGAUGAAUGGUUCAAGCUCAACUCCAAGGCAGGAAGAAAGGAAAAGGAACGUGGUGAACUUCAGGUGACAGUCCAGUUCACACGCAACAACAUGACAGCUAGUAUGUUCGAUCUCACCAUGAAGGACAAACCACGGUCUGCUUUUGGCAAGCUCAAGGAUCGUGUCACAGGGAAAAAGAGAUGUGAUAUGGAGUCUUCCUCUGCCAUUGUGCCGGGCCGCUAUGCCGCCCUAUCAGGAUCCCUCGGCCAACCGUUUGGAGAGGAGAGAGGAGGGGUGGUGGAGUCACGAGAUGUGGAGAUAGCAGAGGAGAAGAAGAGUAAGGUAAAAGAAUUUUUCAAAGGAAGGCUGCGCAAGUCGUCUGACACCAAGUCAUGCUCAUCGCUGGCUUCAGAUAGCAGUGUCUCUUCCAUUGCCAGCGAUAACCCCGGCCCUCCACCCAGUCUUGGCCUGCUGUCAGAUCCUCCCAGCUCCCCCAUCUACACAAGUAAAGUGAGAGUGGACACCCACUAUGGAGAGGCAGAUUUAGCUAAAAAAGUGCUCACCAGCCAGCACACCACAAAGGUCCUGACACACAAGCGAGCCUUCAGCGAUGAAGCUAGCAAGAUCACAACAGCCUUCCCUCGAGCAAAUAGUACAGUGGAGUCUCUCAAGGGUCAAACCAUGACUCAGUCCAAGUCUUCCUUGUGUAUAAAUGGAAGUCACGUCUAUGACUCCGAACCAUCAACUCCAAAGAGUUCAGGUGCCCUCCCGUCCAAGCUGGUCCUGCUGGAGAAAUGCUCCCCGCUCUCUCGUUCUCUGCAGAACCUCACCAAGCGAAGUGAAGACAGAGGUUCCUUUGCUGAGGGCCGACGCUGGUCCUUUGACAAGAUGAAGAAAGACGAAAAGGAGGAAGAAAAGGAAGCUCAGACGUCAUCUUUCUCAAUUCAGGAAGCCCAGACAGCGAUGCCAACCCUCUCCUCUGCGGCCGAUUCAUCCGACAAAGGGAGGAAACUAAGAAAGACGUUAUUCUCUGGAGGGAGGAGUGAUUCUCUCCCGGCUAAGACAGAUGUGAACCAGGCUGGUGCAGCAUCUGAAGGGAGGCUCAAAGGCUGGUUUGGCUCCGGUGACUCCCAAAACAAACCAAGGCUGGAAGUUUCUCCUAAGGUAGAAAGCAGCUCAGAUGUAUCCCCUCCCUUCCCUCCUCACUCCCCUGUACCCCCUCAGUGCUCCUCUCCUUCUACCUCCCCCACCGGUCAUGUCUCACCCAAUGACGGGAAUCACACUAAUCCAAUCACCCCCUGUUCCUCUCCCUCCUCAACACCCAUCUCCCCCUCCAACCCUUUCCUCCCACGUUUGCAGCGCAACCCCUUUUUUGAGGAGCUCAUAGCUGAAGAGUCGCAGAGGUCGCCUCCUUAUGCGCCUUGCUCCUCUUCUGGCUCAUCCCCGUUUCAUUACACUACUCUGCCCUCGCAGCCCUGCACUCCCAGCUCUGCUCAUGAUGUUAAUGCUACAAAUAUGGCUUCCAUAAAGCGGGAGCGCCCGAGGCCAGUAGCUAUGCAGAUAUCUCUUCCUGCGUUACUAUCCAAAGAGACACAGCAUAACUCCCCCAGCCACUCCACCCCUCACUGCAUGUCGGAGAGUGCAGGAGAAUGGGAAGACUCUUUUGAUGCUUUUGCCUCUAGCAGACUCAACUCACCUAAAGGAAGUCUUUCUCAGAGCCAACUGAAAACCAGCCCAACGUCCCCUAAUAGCCAUAGUUAUCUUCCAGUUAACAAUAAUCACACACAAGAGCUACAAAAAUGUGAAGAGGAGCCUCCACCUUUGCCUCCAAGGAGACUUUUAAGGACUCCAGUGAAUGAAAUAUUCUCUGAUGGUUGGCUGCACAGAGGUCAAGAGCUAGCUGUCCAUAAAGAAGCUUGCCUCCUGUCACAGACUGGUGCAGCAUCACGGCAGCGUGGAAAAGAAGGAGAAUGCAAAAGAAACACACCAAGUGUCUCACCAGACCCCAACACCAGCAGCGAGACCUCCGAUUCUCUCAGUGGUCACUCCCAACCGUCCACCACCGUUACUUCACCGGGUUGUUUGUCUGAAGAAAAGACCAAAAAGUUCAAGUAUGAACCCCUGGAAGAUGAGACCGACCGCUGGGGAGGGAUGUUGUUUGAGCAAGACUUGUAUGGGCGUGUAUGCAGAGGAAAUUAUGUACAGCCCAAAGUUAACAAUCAUCAUUUGUCAUUGAAAACAGAAGAGACCCUUGGAAAUAAAAAUGCAUGUCAGAACUCAGGACCAAAAAUGCUUCUUGAUAGUGAGGUGACUGUUGCUGAUCUUUUGAAGUUAUCAUCUGCUGCUCCUUCUCAGUCAGGUGUUACUUCCACUCCAGUAGAAGAGAUGGAGUCUUCCACCAUUAAUCCAGCUGAAACCGUAUGCAUAAACAAUAACGUGUCUUUCUCACUAACCUUAGGAGAUCUGAACAUGAAUGUAAAUAAUUUGGAUUUUAGUUUCAUUGAUUCGGAUGGAUCCUCUCAGUCAGAGGUGGUUGAUACUCUCAAAGGCCUCAAUAGUUUAGUGCCACAAGAAUCACAGAUAGCAGAUAUUUACCAGCAGGAGACCACAGUGACCACACCCGAAGAUAUGUUCACUUUAAAGGACACCUACAUACCGGACAUGAACUCUUCCUUUGAAAUAUCUGCAUUGUCUAAUAAACUAUGCAAAGUCUCUCCAGUUUGUCAAGGGAAUUGCCAAGAUUGUCGAUGCGAGCUGAAUAACGUGGCACCGCAGUGUAACUCCAGGAUGAUCAGCAGGGACAUUGCUACUUUGUCAUCAAAGAAUCAAACAUCUAAUCCCCCUGAAGAUAAAACAAGAAAUGUUGAUUAUUUUAAAAAGAAAGAAGAAGACUGCGAUGAUAAUGGAAACCCACAAGCUAAGCUAGCCAGACUUCAGCGGGCAGACUCGAUGUCAGGGGUGGUUAGUGCGCGUUUCAGACCAAAAGGAGUGUCCAGGGCAAACAGCAGUGGCAGUCUAAACACCCAAAACAAAAGUGCAGAAAGAGAGUUUGAACAGUUGUUGUCCCUUGUUAAAAACUUUUCAGAAGUCAGUGAAGGACCAUUGUCUUAUCAGCCCACUAAAUCAGCUCUUUCUUCCUUACUGGAAUUAGAUAAACAGGCAAAUUCUAUUGUAGACGCCACAGACAGUGUGACAGGAAAACCCUCUGAGAUCAGUUUUGAAGACCUUCAUGCAAAAGUAGCCCCCAACCUGAGAACCCCUUCAAAGUCAAAGAUUGGGCAAUCUUUGCAAGAGCCUGAACCCUCUUCUCCCAUCCCCUCCGCACUCUCCCUGCCAGCUGAUGCACAGGAUAAGCUCCACCCUACCCCUGUCUGUUGCCCCUCCAUACAUCCCUCAAGCGUGGGGCUGCCCAGUGCUGGAGCCAGUACUUCUCUGGCCCCCUACACCUCCUUCUCUUCCUCCUACUCUACCACCUUCACCACUGACCAGCCCCUGGUCGAUGCACGGCACUCACUUUUGCCUGAGGAGACACAGCCAGCUAGCAACCUGCCCCAUCAGGAGAGCAGACCCCAUCCAGUGAAGCCAUUAACCUCCAGCCAAUCAGAGAAAAAGGACGGUCGUUCAGUUCUGGAGAAACUCAAGUCUACCAUCCACCCUGGACGCACCGCCCACCAAGCCGUAGCUGAACCUGAGAGAAGUCAGGAGGUGACAGUGGAUAACUCUGCCCAGUACCAGCACCUGACCAACAUGGAGCUGAUCUCCCUGCUGCUGCAGCAAGAGAUGGACAUGCAGAAACAGCAGGCGGCCUCCGAGCAGCAGGGGGCACAGCUGGAGAAAUGUGAGGCCGAGCUGAAAAAGGUCAAGGCGCAGGUUCGUGACUUAGAGGACUACAUUGAUAAUCUUUUGUUGCGGAUCAUGGAGCAGACACCCACGCUGCUUCAAGUGCGCACUCGACAUAAGUGACAACAGUACCGGGGUGUAUCUGCACAUGAUGUAUGAUCGAUGACCUCUGGAAUAGUGUUUCCUUGAUUAGUUGUACAUGUGAGUGGUUGAUAAACAGGGUAAUUAUUUAAGAUUGGGAAACACUCUAGAGGCAGGUACAAUCAAGUCAAACAAGUGCUCCACAAAUCUGGAUCUCACAACCAUCCAGGUCUUCUCACUGCUAAUACUGCCCUGUUGAUGUAAACACAAAAUUACCUGACAUGCAUGCUGGUCCCAAUUUGGCACGAUCAAAAAACAACAAAGUACUAAGAGAGAAGCUUUCAUCAAAGCAGAUGCAAAUUAUUAUUUCAGCCAUGCUUGCUAGAAUAAUUUAAGAUAGUCAGCUGUUGUCAAUUUAAAAUUCAAACUCACUGCUUUUUACAUAAAAUCCAUUUAAAACAACAGGCAGGAGGAAACACUUUUUUUCUUGAAAGUACUGAGGAAGAGUUAAUAUGGUGAAAUAGGAUCUCAAGUUAUCUUUAAAAUGCAAUCUUGGCAUAAGAGCUGCUAUAAUGUAAAAGAAAAACAUUUUUUCCACAAUAUUUUCAAAUGAACAGCUCAAUGAAAAUGUCAUGUAUGCAAAGGUUAACUUGAGCUAUUUUGAAGUAGUGUUUAAGAAAUGCUACAAAAAAAUAGCAACACGUUCUUAAAUGCUGCUCUGCAAGGUGUGAAAACUAUAAAAAGAAGACGUUUCUGCAUUAAAGUUGCUGUGUGAUAAUUAAAAUAACAAUAUUUAUGUCUCUGCCAGAAAAGAUUCAAGAAGAUAUCGACUUAUUGUUUGCAUUUUGUUUCUUUGUUUUGUUUUUAUUUUUUAUGUAAUGCUUCCUUCCUUAAACGCUGCCCUCCAAUUGCAGACUAAGCCAUCAAGAAUGUUUUAGUAUAUUUUUAUGUUUUUUGUCUGUUAUGCUUUUUUUUGUUUGUUGCUGAAAUAGCAACCUGCUACUGUAGGAAUAAAGUGCUGAUGCAGUAAAUACGACUAUAAUAAGUUAUUUCUAUAAAAUACUUUUGUCAUGAUAAUAUAUUCUCUAUAGCACACUAGUACCACUGUAGCUACUUGCAAUGCUUUACAUGACCGCAGUACUGUACUGUAAUAAA